AUGUUUCCUUCUCACCCACCACCACAACAACAGCAUCAGCAUCAGCAACCAUUACAGCCAACAACUCCUCCCGAGAACCUUUCAUCUCAUACGAGGAGUCAUAAUGGUAAUCGCAGCGAUUCCUUCACUAAUCUCCAUUCGAAUUCUUCGAAAAUGAACGAACCAUUACAACACAAACAGUUCAAGAUGGAGGAUGGUCAUCAACAACAACCAGCGUAUGAGGCAAUGAAGAGUCAACAUCAUGAAUCUCAGAUGGGUCAUAAAAAUUCGAGUGCCAGUGUUGGCGACCAUCAUUCAAACCAUUUUCACCUUUCCUCGACUUUACUGCAAGGAGGUAGUGGUGGUGUUACUUCACAGCAUGCUUCUUCUGCAAUGGUUACACAUAGGAAUAACACAAAGGUCAUGCCGUCGCUGCAAACAACAACACCUUGUUCUACUGCCGAAUUCUCAGAAGAGCACCAACAACCCACUUCAUGGUCAAAGUCGCCACAGAAAGAUGCCUCCACGGACAAUAACAACCAUCAUUAUUUCAUUUCACAACAGCAUCAAACAGGACACACGCGGACACAGCCACAGACACAUACCAUUUAUCAUCACCCAUUAUCGCAACCAUCGGCUCGCAAUGGUCAUGAUAGGACCAAUUACUCACCUCAUCAUCCAAGCGGCACAUUAGGUAAACGAUUGCAUCAUCAUCAUCAUGGCGGCGCGGAACAUCAUCCCAACUACAAUUCGCUCCAAAAUCAUCACCACCAUCACUCGAUGGCAGAACUCGAUUUGGCAGGAAAACAACAACAGCACUGGUCCUCGAGUCGCAAGCAUGGCGAGUAUUAUCAUCAUUCUCACGAACAUCAUCCUUCGCAUGCACAUCCUCAUGCUUCUCCUCGACUCGGCCACGACCACCAUCACCACCAACAGACACUAUCCAACGCAACGAUUAAGCAAUUUCAGCCACAUUCUUACCAAUUUGGAAAAACCGAAAAAUCCUCAAUGGCCCAAUUCAACUUGUUGGAUUCCCAAUCCAAUAAGCCUCUUCAUGCUGCAACAACAGGAUCAUUCAUGGAUCAUGGCACGCAUGUGGUGGCUACCACAACCGCUGGUGUUGCGAGUGUGAUUCAUAGGUCUGUGAUACCAUCAGCAUGCUCACCAACAACAUUGGCCAUAUAUUCAUCCUCGUAUGUAGAUACUAAUCCCAAUUCUCAUGGGGAUCUCAACAACAACAACAACCAUUCGAUACAAUCUUCUAAUGUUCCACCUCCACUUCCUCCUACUAGUAAUAAUCAUUCUGCUCCCCAUACACAACGUGGUUUGAAUCAACACUCAUCCAUCAACACUCAUUCCCCUCAAACCCUUACACAUUUUAGAGAGCCUCAAUACAUGAUUCCGAACACCCCUCUUGAUCAUCCUUGCCAUAAUGGUCAGCAUCAUCAUGGAAACAAACACUUGACACUCUCCAACCACAGCGCUGUGGCCACAACAAACGGAAACAUUCCAAGGUCUUUGAGUCAAUCCAUGAGUGGUUGCUUCUCCUCUGACCUCAAACAUUAUUCGUAUUCCUCUGCCUCUGCCUCACACACAAAUUCUCAUCAUGAUUGGACAAACGUACCAGGAGCAGCAGCAGCAGUAGUAGGUUCCUCUCAUUCACAUCCUCAUAACCAGAAACCAGGUUUUAAAUGGAGCAGUGUGUUGUACAAGGAUCCUCAUGACGAAGGACCCAUGAAGGAGUUGCAUCGAACGUCAUCCUCAAUGACCUCCAUGACUGCAUCCUCACUGGAAGAAGAAGAAACAUCAGAACAUUUGAAGGCGUCUACCUCGUCUUCACCGUCGCUGCCUCCCACAACUGUCUUGAACACUAAAACUGUGAUUCAUCCACAGCAGCAGCAACUCCAGCAGCAACUCCAGCAGCAUCUCCAACAGCAUUCUCACUUGCACCUUAACAACAACAACAAAAAACAAACACAGAAUACAGACGUAUUAUUGAGAGCGGCCUCCACGUUGGAAAAUCAUUCCAGUAUGAAUGUUUCAAAUGUGUUGGUCGGUUAUGGUGGUGGUGAUCUUCAAGCACCCAGACAGGCAUCGGAAUUAAGGGAUAAUAAUGAAAGCGAUCAAUCGAGAGGAUUGUUUGUUCUCAUGAGCGAAGAGCCUGAAAACCAAAUUGCAGUUGAAACCACAACACAGAACAAGAUUGCGAAUUUCGAGAAUGUACAUAAUUAUCAACAGCCAAAGAAGAUGAGAAAACUUAGCAAUAGUUCUUCUCUUGAAGAAAGAAACAGUCAAAACGGUGAAGCAAUUUCAACCUCUUCUGAAUCCAUCUCGGUAUCGCACAAGAAAUCAUCAUCUACUGCCCAAGCAUCAAACUCCACAACCUCUAAAUCAGCUGUGUCUUCGAGGGCGAAGAGAUCUAACAAGGUUGUUUCGUACGCCGAAUAUGCAGCUGCAGAAGACGAAGAUUACGAUCUAGACAACAACUCAGAAAAAAACACUAAUUCAGAAUAUUUGAGUGAGAGUAGUGAAGAACUGCGUCACAAGAAGACAAAAUCCAAAAAGAAAUCUGGAACAAAAAAUUCAGAUUUUAAAUCAACCAAGCAUGAAAAGAAAUCAUCAAAAUCAACUAAGAAGACAUCGAAUAAUGGAAAGGUUUAUGACAGUGUCAAAGGAACUACGUGCCAUCAAUGCAAGCAAAAGACUAUGGAUCUAAAGAGCUCAUGUAAAAGUUGCCAUUCAUCACCAAUGAGCUCUUCCACCAACAGAGGCUCUUUUUGUGAAAGCUGCCUAAAAAAUAGAUACGGCGAAGAAUUGGGUGAGGUUGUAAAAAACCCUGAUUGGAAGUGCCCUAUUUGCAGAGGUAUUUGCAAUUGCAGUAAUUGCAGAAGAAAGGCAGGAAAGAAUCCAAUCUCUAUCACAACCAGAGAGGCUCUUAAAUCUGGCUAUCAAUCUGUUCAUGAAAUGCUUGUCGAUAGAUCUAAUGAGUAA